AUGGACACCAACAGCGCGACUGGCCUGCUCAACAGGCGCGCUAAAAACGCCAUCGCGCCUCAGCCCGUUGUCAAAGACGAAAACAAUAGCGACAUUAUCGCGCAGAAUGAGGAAGAUGAUCCGAGCAUUUGCAAGCCGCGGCCACGACUGCCGCAUCCCAACGUUCACAUGCGAAACAUGGCGAGCCUGAUAAAGGAGCUCGAAGAUGGCACCAUCAAUGUUGAUCCGGAAUACCAGCGAGAAGUUGUUUGGACAGCGGAUCGCAUGACUGGCUUGAUAGACUCAUUGAUGGAAAACUACUACAUCCCUCCGAUUAUUCUGAACAAGAAGACGGAUCUUAUCACAGACACUAAACGAACACGUCCUACCUUUGUCUGUGUUGAUGGGAAGCAGCAGACCCAAAAACUCUUUCUAGAGAAAGAGUUUGUUACCUUCCAGUUCUCAGAGUUGACCCAGGAGCAAGAGGAGGACUUGUUUGCCAGAGUUCAGAUGGGUGUCCAGCUUAGUGCCGCCGAGAAAAUACGAGCAAAAUCGGGGCCAUGGCAGGAACUAGCCAAACUCUUUGUACAAGAUUUCCCCGUCAUCUACGACUUGAUGAAAGACCGGAGUCGCGCAAAGGAUUCCCAAAUCACCAUGGCCUGUUUUAGUCAGAUUGUUGAAGUCAAAAAUUCGCGUACAACAAAUGGAAGCGGAAUUCCAGUCUUCAAGGCAGCCUACAACGCAGUCCCCAAACUGCUAGAUAAUGCGCAAGCAGUCAAUGAUGCUACGAAAUCUCACCUUGCAGCCGUCUGGAAAAUAUUCAGCAAGCUUGCAGAACUAGAUCCUGAUAUCUUCACUAAUGCGAAUAAAUAUCUGCGCGGUGUUCAAACUUUUGCACCUGUAGAGAUGGUUGGCGUGGCCGUCCUGAUUUCCAUGUACUUGGAAGUUGGUCACCAAAUUCUUUUAAGAGACAUCAGGAUAAUCCGAGAAACGCUUCGCGAGUCCUUCUCAGAUCUUCGCCUUAAUCACCACGUCUGGAAAUUCAUGUGGGAAAUCAUUGACGGCUUGCAAGCGAUUCAUGGUGGUGUUGAAAAUGGCAUCACAGAAAAACCUCCAGCAUCUACAGGAUCGGGUUCGGCUUCAGAUAUUCAGUCGUCCAUCUCGGCGAAAGUCUUACUAGACGGUUUCAAAAAGAGACUUGCACCUGAGACCCUCUCGAAAGCUACAUCAUUGUCACAAAGGACGGCUGUCGAAGCCGAAUCUUCAAAAGCGCCGCCAAUGAAACGACGUCGCAAGGACUUGAAAACAGCAGAUGCGACCGUCUCGAACAAUCCUCCAAGCAACAAUGUCAUCUCGCAAACAAUGGGCAGUGUUCCACUUUACCCAUCUCGCAUGGCUACAGCGCAUUCCGAGGGCGAUGGUGCUUUUACACCUGACCAUACAGAGAAAGAGAUGGAGGGUGUCAUUAUACCUGCGUCUCCACAGUCGCCUAUUACAUCUGGCCUUGAUAUACCAGCGGUAACGCGAAGAGUAUCUCCUUCAUCGCUGGGCUCAUCUGCUCCACGGGUAAGACCAAAACCUAUUACCAAAAGACGCAUGCCUGUCUCUCGCCCGACGAAAGAACAGAUGAGUGAAGCGAUUGACCUCACUGGCGAUGCGUAA